GUCGCGGCGGCUGCGCAGGCGGGGCGGGGCGGGGCGGCGCGGGAAGAUGGCGGCCGGGAUCCGGGAGAAGCAGACAGUGGCUUUGAAACGUAUGCUGAACUUCAAUGUUCCUCCUGUUAAAAACAGCACAGGAGAACCAGUAUGGAAGGUUCUCAUUUAUGACAGAUUUGGCCAAGAUAUCAUCUCGCCUUUGCUGUCAGUGAAAGAGCUGAGAGAUAUGGGGAUCACUUUGCAUCUGCUUUUGCAUUCAGAUCGCGAUGCUAUUCCAGAUGUUCCAGCUGUUUACUUUGUGAUGCCAACAGAAGAAAAUAUUGACAGAAUGUGCCAGGAUCUUCGAAACCAGCUUUAUGAGUCUUAUUAUUUAAACUUUAUUUCUGCCAUUUCAAGAAGUAAACUGGAAGAUAUUGCAAAUGCUGCUAUAGGUGCUAAUGCAGUAACUCAAGUGGCUAAGGUGUUUGAUCAAUAUCUUAAUUUUAUUACUUUAGAAGAUGAUAUGUUUGUAUUGUGUAACCAAAACAAAGAACUUGUUUCAUAUCGUGCCAUUAACCGACCAGAUAUAACAGACACAGAAAUGGAAACUAUAAUGGACACUAUUGUUGAUAGUCUCUUCUGUUUUUUUGUUACACUUGGCGCUAUACCUAUAAUCAGAUGCUCAAGAGGAACUGCAGCUGAAAUGGUGGCAGUGAAAUUGGAUAAGAAGCUCAGAGAGAAUCUAAGAGAUGCCAGAAACAGUCUUUUUACAGGUGACACACUUGGAGCUGGCCAGUUCAGCUUCCAAAGGCCCUUAUUAGUCCUUGUUGACAGAAACAUAGAUUUAGCAACUCCUCUACAUCAUACUUGGACAUACCAAGCUUUAGUGCAUGAUGUUCUGGAUUUCCAUUUGAAUAGAGUUAACUUGGAAGAGUCAGCAGGAACAGAAAGUACUCCAGCAGGUGCUAGACCUAAGAAAAAAAAUAAGAAGUCCUAUGAUUUAACUACGUCUGAUAAAUUCUGGCAAAAGCAUAAGGGCAGUCCUUUUCCAGAGGUGGCCGAGUCUGUUCAGCAAGAACUGGAAUCUUACAGAGCCCAAGAAGAUGAAGUCAAAAGACUUAAAAGUAUCAUGGGCAUUGAAGGGGAGGAUGAAGGAGCAAUAAGUAUGCUUUCAGAUAAUACAGCUAAGCUCACUUCAGCUGUCAGCUCUCUUCCAGAACUUCUGGAAAAGAAGAGGCUCAUUGAUCUUCAUACAAAUGUUGCAACAGCCGUUUUGGAGCACAUAAAGAGUCGAAAGCUGGAUGUGUAUUUUGAAUAUGAGGAAAAAAUAAUGAGCAAAUCCACUCUGGAUAAAUCUCUUCUGGACAUGAUUUCUGACCCAGAUGCGGGAACUCCUGAAGACAAAAUGCGAUUAUUUCUCAUCUAUUACAUAAGCUCAGCUCAGGCACCUUCAGAGACUGAUUUGGAGCAGUAUAAAAAAGCAUUGAUGGAUGCAGGUUGUAAUCUCGCCCCUUUGAGCUACAUAAAGCAAUGGAAGGCUUUCACUAAGAUGGCUUCAGCUCCGACCAGCUAUGGAAACACUACGCCUAAACCUUUGGGUCUGUUUUCACGUGUUAUGAAUACAGGAUCGCAGUUCGUAAUGGAAGGAGUGAAGAACUUGGUACUGAAGCAACAAAAUCUGCCAGUCACACGUAUUUUGGACAACCUUAUGGAGAUGAAGUCAAACCCUGAGACAGAUGACUACCGGUAUUUUGACCCCAAGAUGCUACGAGGCAGUGACAGCUCAGUUCCAAGAAAUAAAAAUCCAUUCCAGGAGGCCAUAGUGUUUGUUGUUGGAGGAGGCAACUAUAUUGAAUAUCAAAAUCUUAUUGACUAUGUAAAGGGUAAACAAGGCAAACAUGUCCUGUAUGGCUGCAGUGAACUUUUUAAUGCUACACAGUUUAUAAAACAGCUGUCCCAACUUGGCCAGAAAUAAGACUGAAGCACCCUUACCUGGAUGGAAACGUGACAACAGAGAAUUGUUAUAAAAUUCAGAUAUCUUCAUAUCUUUAAUUUUGUCAUUAUAUUAAAACUCAAACCCAUUUCAUUAUGAUAACUUUUUAAAAGAAUCUUUAAUUAAUAUGGUGUAUAUGAGCGUUUCAGAAAUAAAACCUGCUGUGUUUUUGGUGGA